AUGCUCUCGAUGUCGGUGUUGUCUUCGUUCGAAACGGCAAUGACAGACACGGGGCGCUGGUGGUCGAACGAGCCGGCAGAAACGCCGGCGGCGAAGCCGGCGGCCGCGCUGCUGUGGCGCUUGCUGCUGGCCGCGCGUGUCUUGGUGCUCAACGCGACCUUUUGCUGCGCGUGGAGCGUUGCAAGCUCCUGCUUGAGCUGCUCAAUGUGCGCCUUCAAGUCGAUCUCGAUGGUGUCGCGUUUGACGAGGGCCUCCUUGGCAGCGGUGAGCUCCUCGAUGUUGCGUUGCACCUCGCUUCUCAACUCGGCCUGUUCCUUGGUGAGCUCCUCGAUCUUCAACUCCGCGGCCUGGUACUCUGCCUUGAUGGCCGCCAACUCGCGGUCCAACUGGGCGAUUUCCACCUGUUGGGCGGCGGUGGAGGUGGCGGUGAGGGCCUUGGCCUCGGCUUCGCGUGCAACAAGGGCGUCUGUGGCUGCGGACGAUUGGGCCAAGAGAUCGCUCAACUUGCUGAUUUCAGCCGUCAAACUCUUGUUCUCCUGGAUCUUUCCAGUUAAGGACUGCGUGAGCUCGAUCACCUUGUUCUCCAACUUGUAG